AUGUUUCAAGAAUUACUUUUAGUUUAUUUAAAUAAUCAACCAGUCGAUAUAUCCGAUGAACUUGAACCAUCUGCUCUAUCAACACUUGGUAUAGAAUAUACAACACAUAUCAUCAAAUCUUGUCUUCAACAAGAAAUUCAAAGUGUUUUAUUCGAAUCACUUCUUCUUGGUCUAUGUAUUCUUACUGAAUCAAAAUUUAACUUUGCUAUCAUACAACCAAUUUUUGCUGCUAUCAUGCCUUUAUUUGCCGAAUAUAUCAUACAAACAAAAAUCGAUGUUGAUAAUAAGACAAAUUAUUUAAUUUUAUGGUUAUUAGGAAAGAUGAGUCAUCGAUUAAUUGUUGGUCCACCACAGAGUCCAUUAGAAAAAAAAUAUAAUAAAACAUUAAAAUUACCAUUAUUUUCUGGUGGAUAUGAAACUCUAACAACAGAUAUAAAUCCAUAUCUUUCGAAUUUAUUCAAAUCUAAUUUAACUAUUCAUAGUCGAUUUAUUUUGCCUUUACGACGACAACAAUCAAUAUUAGACAAUGACUUUUUAAUUUCAAUUUAUCAUAAUAUUGAUCAAGGUGCAAAAUUAAUAUCAAAAAUAAAAUCAUUCAUUCGAAAUAAACAAAGUGUCUUACAAAAAUCAAUUGAAAUCAUUGUUAAUGAUGCUUGUGCUGCAAUAUUUGCCGUUUAUAUAAAACAUUAUCGUCGUAUUGAUCUAGCUCAACAUGAACUAACUCAACCAAUUGAACAAAAACCACAUACUAAACUUCUCAUACUCUAUGAAUAUGCAAAUGAAGUACGAAGAAUUUUCUCAACAACAAAAGCUCGUGGUGGUGAUUGUGAUGAACUUUAUAAAAAAAUUAAAAAAGAUGCAUUAUUAUUACUUGUAUCGAUUAGAGAAAGUUCUUUCAUUGCAAAAAUUAAAGAAGAUUAUUCAUUAUCACCAAUUAUUACUAUGAAAAAAUUUCAAUUACAAUGA